CUCAGAACCAGGAAUAUCGUGAUAACUUCAUAAAACCUCCCUCUUCACGAAUCUAAGCCACUGUCAUUCCGUUUACGCUUACGACGCAGCAAAACUCCUUCUCCGCUGCGGCCGGUCCCUUAUAAGCUGGAGACCGUUCUGUUAGCGGCGCCACUCACGGGCCGCUUGUAUGCCCCUCUGCGAUUGGGUUCCCUCACUUAAUUAAGCUCAACUUCCACUGCAACCUUGGUCUUUCACGACUCGCGAUAUCUCUUAGUUUUUGAGGAUCUCCUGGACCAACAUGACGGACAACCAUACAGAGGCUAAAGCCUCAACCACCACGAAAUCUCCCAUUGAGCGCAAGCCCGUGGGAGGCAUCCCUCCUGAGAGUCCUUCCGUCGAACGAGCCCCGACUCUUCCUCCACGACCAGCGCAAGACUCUGACGAAAAGACCUCUGAAGCUCUAAAAUGCGAUACUUGCUCUGUACCUAAAAAAGCUGGUUCUACAAGAAGCAAGUCUCCUCCUACACCGAUCAAGGUCGACAAGACGCAGCCCGAAGACUUUGAAGGCGAACUUGCGACGAAUAACGACUUACCCUCUGCCGAAACCCUCAACAAGAUCGAAAACUACAUUGUUCUCGACAGACACGGAAAAUCGCACCCCUUCAAGACCCUUUACACUGGUAGCAACGUUGCACGACGCGUGCUCAUCAUCUUUGUUAGACACUUCUUCUGUGGCAACUGCCAAGAGUUUCUGCGCUCUUUGUCCGAGGCUAUUACUCCCGAAGCUCUCUUGCGACUACCAGUGAGCACAUUCAUUGCGGUUAUUGGGUGUGGUGAUCCUGCGCUCAUUGAUAUGUAUGUCAAUGAGACAGGAUGUCGCUUUCCUGUAUAUACCGAUCCGACAAGGUCCCUUUUCGACGCCCUUGGCAUGUCCAAAACCCUGCAACUAGGCACCAAGCCAGCCUACAUGCGCCGAAGCAUGAUGCACAGCAUUGUAGGCAGCAUAGUCCAAGGAGUGAAGCAAAUACCAACUGGAAACGUUCUCAAGAUGGGUGAUCAGCGUCAAGUUGGCGGCGAGUUCCUCUUCGAACCGCGAGACAUCCUCACACCCGUCUCAACACCACGAGACGAAAAGGCGAAGCCUAUUAGCGCAUUCGAAGAAGCAGAAGAACGAGGCCCAGACCACGAUGGAAACGAGGAGAAGAGAGUUACAUGGUGCCAUCGAAUGAAGACGACGCGCGAUCACGCUGAGAUUCCUGAGCUCAUUGAAGUGCUGGGUCUAGACCAGACCGCUACUGCUGGACGGGAUGUGAGUCGUGGCUCGAUCACCUCAGCGCGCAAGGGCAAGGGACAUAGCAUGGCGCAAGAGAUUCGCAAGCUGAGCGCGGAACGAUCUAGAACAUCGAACGAAACAUGAUGCGACUGCCAACUGAGUGGGCCACUCGAUUUGAGCGAAUUUGAGCAUUGCUGGUUCUUAUUACAGCGUUGGAGUAGGUUUUGGUUAUAUUGGCAUAGCUUGCGUUUUGGAAAGACUACGAUGAUAUGGUUAGAGAGACUUAGAAGAGAUAUCCUUUGACAUUGGCCGAUAGAAUGCACAAAGUAUUUAUUAUUUCUGUAUUCAGGUCUUCUAU